AUGGCGCCGGCAACAUCUCCAGUCCCUACUCAGGGCAUGUUCCACACCUUUCAAGGGGUCACGCCUCGAAAGCAAACUUCCGAGGGUCCCGGGAGCCCAAAAGCUGCGAACCCCGUCAGCAACUCCAAGCGCAUCACCACACCUCACGCCUGUGCCGAGUGCAAAAGACGCAAGAUUCGGUGUGAUGGACAGCAGCCUUGCGGCCAAUGCUUAUCAAGCCGUGCCCCGAAGAGGUGUUUUUAUGACAAGCACAGGCAGCGGGUUAUCCCAUCGAGAAAGACGCUAGAAGCACUUUCCCAGUCAUUAGAGGAAUGUCGGUCCAUUCUCAAAAGGCUAUACCCGAGCCACGAUGUCCAGUCUUUGCUGCCCAUGUCUCGUCAUGAUCUCCUCGAUCUGCUUGAUCGUCCAGUGCUCGACACCACCGCCGCAGCUCUUCCGUCACCACCCUUGAACACCUCGCCGCUUAGCGACGACAUUCAGUCUCCUCUCUUCAUCAAGCCAGACCAGGUUCUUUCGAAUCUCGAGCAGAUGCCAUCUAGGGACGCGGAAUGGGACGAAGAGCGCAGGGAGAGAGACGCCAUCCCGGCAGAGGCCGAUGAUGUCAACGCAUUGUCCCUCACCAUGGAUCGACAAGCUUCAUAUCUCGGAGCUUCAUCCAUCAAGGCGGCCCUGAUGGUUAUGCUCAAAGUUCAGCCUGGCUUGAGGAGUACUCUCUCGGCGCCGCUCAACACUGGCGAGAUGCCACACAACUACCCGUCUACCAAGUCAAGGGCUGGCACCCACAAGGACCCUCAGCGGAUCCCAUGGUCCUGGAAGGGCCAGACACUGAUAGAUGCCUUUUUCAAGCGGAUUCACGUCUUCAUUCCCAUGCUGGACGAGACAACAUUCCGCGCUGACUAUCUUGAGGGCCAGCGCUUCGACGCCCCUUGGCUAGCUCUGCUCAACAUGGUGUUUGCCAUGGGCAGCAUCGUUGCCAUGAAGUCGGAUGAUUACAACCACGUCACUUACUACAACCGCGCGAUGGAGCACCUUCCUAUGGAUGCCUUUGGAAGCAGCCACAUUGAGACCGUACAAGCCCUUGCCAUCAUUGGUGGCUAUUACUUACACUACACUAACCGCCCUAACAUGGCCAACGCAGUGCUCGGAGCUGCCAUCAGGAUGGCGAGUGCUCUUGGCCUCCACAGAGAGUCUCUGACGCAGAGUGCCGGCGAUGUGCUCGUGGCUGAGACUCGGAGACGCACCUGGUGGGCUUUGUUCUGUUUGGACACAUGGGCAACCACGACCAUUGGUCGACCAUCCUUUGGUCGCUGGGGCCCUGCUAUAAACAUUCGGGUACCUGAAUUUGGCAUCAAUGCUGCGCGCGACUCAACACACCAUGCAGGCAUCCUGCCAAUGAUCGAGAAUAUCAAGUUCUGCAAGAUCUCGACACAAAUCCAAGACAUGCUUGCCGUCUCUCCGCUCCUCAGGACGGAUGAUCGCUGCCACUUGGAUGCUGCCCUGGUCGACUGGUACGCUAAUAUGCCGUGGCUCCUUCGGACAACGGACCCCUGUGCAGAGCCGCUCUACAUUGCACGGUGUGUCAUGAAGUGGCGAUACCAAAACCUCCGGAUGCUCUUGCACCGACCAGUGCUCUUGAGUCUUGCCUCUAGUGGCUCGACCCACGCAGCGGAGCACGACAUUGCAGCCAUUGAAACCUGCAGGGACCUGGCACAGCAAACAAUAGAAGACAUUGCUCGGGAAUGGACCCGCAACCAAAUGUCUGGGUGGAACGCAGUCUGGUUCCUGUACCAGGCGGCCAUGAUCCCAUUGGUAUCAGUUUUUUGGCAGUGGAACAGCGCGCGAGUGCCCGAGUGGCACAAGCAGAUCGAGACCGUCCUAGAACUCCUUGAUGCGAUGGAAGACUGGUCUCUUGCAGCGAGGCGCAGUCGCGAGGUCGUAUUUCGCAUGUACGAAGCAUCCCGCAAUCUGCAGAGGCAGCAGCAACACCAUCGCUCACAAAGCCCCACCGACUCUACAACAUCAUCACAUCACAUGGGCAUUACGGGCGAGCGCACCUCCCCAAGAUUGAUCAUCGGCCCCUCGGCAGAUACUGCCGUAGAGAUGCCACACAUGUCGCCGAUCGGCAUCGUCGACCCGGAAAGCAUCAUGGGUAUGAUGGGGGUCUCAGAUCAGCAGAGCCUUUGGGAUCUGGACGGUAUGCUCUGGGGACAACACGACGAGUUUGACGCUGGCGCUUACGGAUUUCACGAUAACAUGAUGAUGAGCAUGGAUUACAACAUGAUAGGGAACGACAUGCCAGCCACGGCGGCGGCCGGCUUGGAGCACGGCUAUCCCUACGUCCAUUAG